AUGCCGCGACCGCCGACCAUGGAGGACGACAUGAGGAAGCACUUCUUCCGGCAUGGAGAUAGCGAUCCGAGUCUCUACACUGAGAAGCGCAAUUGUCACCUGUGCCAGAUUCGCAGCUUCCCCACCCAUGAAGACUACCCUAUCACCGUCAUUAACGAGGUCGACGAUGAGCCUCUUCCCUUUGAUUUCCGCUUCAUCAACGAGGUGGUCCUAGGUGAGGGUGUGGAGCCCGCCGAGGAUAGUUUCCGAAGCGGCUGCGAAUGCCGCAAAGACGAACUGUGUCAGUUUAGCGAAUGCCAGUGCCUGGGCGACGUCGAGGACUCGGAUUCGACUCGGACGGCCCCGCGAGGCAAAAUCGCCGACUACAGCGUAGAAGAGAGUCGGAUUGCCCAGCGCAAAGAUGUGUACCUCUUUGCCCUGGAUAAGUUCAACGACCCAGACUCUCUCGACCCCCGACUUUCCCAGCCCGCCUUGCUCGUGGAUGGCGAAUUCAUGUCCGGGCCUACGCGUUUCAUCAACCACUCGUGCGAGCCUAACCUUCGCAUCUAUGCACGCGUGGGCGACCACGCAGACAAGCACCUCCACGACCUUGCCUUAUUUGCCAUUACUGACAUCAAGAGGAAUACGGAGCUCACGUUUGAUUACAUUGACGGUGUGGAAGAGGAUGAAGACGAUCUAUCUAACCCUGAAAGGUUGAAAGAGAUGGCCAAGUGCCUCUGCGGUAGUAAAAGUGUCGGGGAUAUCUGUGGUGAACAAAGAAAUCACCUACGCAUCAGGGCCUAUUCACUCGGCCAGCCAGCGAUUCCUCACUUCCCCACUUUCCCCAUGAUGGCUUUUCAAAUCUUGGCGUGA